AUGUUGUUCUCUCGCCACGGCAUUCUGGCCCCUUCAGUCAUUUCGCUUCUUCUGGCAGGAAGCGCGGUCGCUGAUGACGCAAAAUCAAGAGCACGCGACGCGCUCCAGACUCUUCAAGGCUGGUAUAAUCCCAACAGUGGCAUUUGGGACACUUGUGGUUGGUGGGAUGGUGCGAGCUGCAUGAAUACAGUCGCAGAUUUAGCUGCCCUUGAUCCCUCAGUGAUUGAUACGGCCACAUAUGUCUUCAACAACACAUUCCACGUGGGGCCAGUGUCCAAUCCCAAUCCCGGACCGGAGCAUAAAACUGUGUAUACUCGCGACAAUCAACCAUCAACUUCUGUCAAUGCUAGCCUGUGGCUCGACCAGGCUUAUGACGAUGAUGGAUGGUGGGCCCUGGCCUGGAUUGCUGCCUACGACGUCACAAAACAGGCAACAUACCUGGAACUGGCUGAGGGGAUUUUCGAGAGCUUGGCGAACGCAUGGGGCACCAACUGUGGUGGUGGUGGUCUUCCUUGGAAUCCGACCAGCACAUAUGUCAAUGCAAUUACAAACGAGCUAUUUCUCUCCGUCGCAGCGCACCUUGCAAACCGGGUCCCCGAUAGAAAGCAAUAUUAUGUCCGGUGGGCUCAGAAAGAGUGGGACUGGUUCACAUCCCAGGCCUUCAUUGGUGCAAACGGCACUAUCAAUGAUGGUCUUUUAGACAAUUGCCAAAAUAACGGAGAUACUGUAUGGUCGUAUAAUCAAGGAGUUGUCCUUGGUGGACUAGUUGAAUUGAACAGAGCGGCACCCAAUGAUACAUACCUACCCGCAGCCAACAAGAUUGCAAAGGCAGCCAUUGCGACCUUGGCCGACUCGAACAAUGUCAUUCAUGAAUUCUGCGAGCCGCAAUGCCUUCCAGAUGGCACACAAUUCAAGGGAAUCUUUAUUCGCAACCUGCGGAUGUUGCAGAAAGCAUCCCCUCAAGAUAUCUACCGGGAAGUGAUAAGCAGCUGUGCGACCAGCAUCUGGAAUAAUGAUCGGAAUGAAAAGGGACAGUUCGGCGUCAACUGGGCCGGUCCUAUCCAAGCAGUGGUGGAUGCGUCGACACAUAGCUCGGCCCUCGAUGCAUUGGUCGCGGCGGUUGCUGCUGCAUUGUGA